AACCCCGAACAGAAAGCCCAGAGAACAGAGGACGCAGUUCUCUUCUUUGUUGUGCACCCUCUUCCUGUUUGGCGACGGCGGAAACCUAUCGUUCCAGUUCGAGCCAGCUUAAACACUCCUAUCGCUCAUUCCAAUCUCUCGAUUCCUGGUAUGUUUUUCGUCUUCACACUCACUCAACUGCAAGUCUGAAACUUUCAAAUCUCUCUAUUGGGGUUUAAUGGGUAUCUUUGAUUUUGAGAAUUCCAAGUCUCUAGAGCUCUAUUCACUGUUAUUGCACUAUCUUUUUCUGGGUUUAUUGGAUUCAUUGACUUCGGAAAAUUUGGUGUAAUAAUGGGUUUCAACCAUGAAUUCUAUCUCUCUGUGUGGUCCGAGGUUAGUUGGGAGAACUUGUUCGUAUUUCAUUUCAACAAGCAAACUUAAGUCUUAUUUAAAUAUAAUAAGAAGAUUUUGUAAUGGGAGCUCUGAUUUUGGUAAUGAGGAUAGUAAAUGUGAUAGCUUUGAGGAACCAUUGAAGAGAAUGUGGGGUAGCUCAAAUUUUGAUUUUGCUAUGGAUGAGGAACCCGUUGAAACGACUGUUCGGAGGCAAUUCUCCCUGAGGCAGAGCUUUUUUGAACUUUCAAGGAUCGAUGCUGGAAGAGUUCUUGAGGUUUUGAAACAAGAUGGCCCUGGAUUUGAUUCGAAAUUGGCCUUGGAUGAGCUGGACAUUCGGGUUUCAGGGCUUCUUGUGAGGAAAGUUCUUACUGGAAUAUUGAAAUCAAUUGAUCAUUCGAAUAAAAUGCGGUGUGCGAAACUGGGGUUUAAGUUUUUUAUAUGGUCUAGCCAGCAGGAAAAUUACAGGCACACUGCAAACACAUACCAUUUACUGAUGAAGAUUUUUGCAGAGUGUGAGGAAUUUAAAGCAAUGUGGAGGCUAGUCGACGAGAUGAUCGAGAAAGGCUUCCCUACUACUGGUCGAACUUUUAACCUUUUGAUAUGUACUUGUGGAGAGGCUGGCUUGGCUAGGAAAGUUGUAGAAAGAUUCAUUAAGUCAAAGACAUUUAACUAUAGGCCUUUUAAGCAUUCAUACAAUGCAAUUUUACAUUGUCUUCUUGUGGCAAACCAAUAUAAGUUGAUUGAGUGGGUCUAUCAGCAGAUGCUGGCUGACGAUCACUCUCCAGAUAUUCUUACUUACAAUGUUCUAAUGUGUGCAAAGUAUAGGUUGGGAAAGCUCGAUCAGUUUCAUAGACUGCUUGAUGAAAUGGGUAGAAAUGGUUUCAGUCCAGAUUUGCAUACUUAUAACAUCCUUCUCCAUGUACUUGGCAAAGGAGACAAACCGCUUGCAGCUCUAAAUCUUUUGAAUCAUAUGAAAGAAGUUGGUUUUGAUCCGGGGGUUCUUCACUUCACCACCUUGAUAGAUGGAUUGAGUAGGGCUGGGAACUUGGAUGCUUGCAGAUAUUUUUUUGAUGAAAUGGUAAAGAACGGGUGUAUACCAGAUGUGGUUAGUUAUACUGUAAUGAUCACAGGGUAUGUUGUGGCUGGGGAGCUUGAGAAUGCUCAGAAAAUGUUUGAUGAGAUGAUCACCAAUGGCCAACUUCCAAAUGUAUUCACCUACAAUUCUUUAAUUCGUGGAUUGUGUAUGGCUGGGAAAUUUGAGGAGGCAUGCUUGAUGCUUAAGGAUAUGGAAUCCAAGGGUUGUAAUCCAAAUUUUCUUGUUUACAGUACCCUAGUGAGUAAUUUGCGAAAUGCUGGGAAGCUUUCUGAAGCUCACGAAGUUAUAAGACAUAUGGUGGAGAAGGGGCAAUAUGCUCAUCUACUCUCAAAGUUCAAGGGAUACAAAAGAUGUUAAUGUGACAUGAAUUAUUGAUGAAAUUCUUUGGGUAUUCUCUGGCGAUAGAACUUUUUGAUCCAGCUCAGCUCUAACUACGUGCCUGCAGCCUCUCUGAAUUGCCUCUAUGUAUCUGCUGCCUGUACCAGUUGUCAAGUUUAAGAGUGAAAGUAGAGUGGACCCAUGGAACUCUUCAGCACCAUCAAUUUGGAUUCCACUGCGAACUCCAGCAGUUCACAUUAAGCAUUUGGUUUAGGAAUGACAAUCUCUGGCUUCUGUUGGGCAUAAGCUCUUCUGUAGGUUAGUCACCAUUGCCCUCAUAAAUUCAAGUAACACCAGUUUCAGGUCUGUCAGUCGUUAAAGUAUAUAAUCCCUUUAUGCAAAAAAUGAUGGUUGAUCAAAACUGUCAAUGGUGACUUGUGAGAUUGUUUCAUUCACUCUUGGAAUAUUUUUUUUAUGGAUUAUAAGAUGAUCAAUCGAAGUUGUCUCUUACUCAUUUACUAACUUGAGAACUUCAACCAACUUGAUCAACUUAUAAAAUAGUAUUACAAAAGCUAAAGCUUCAAAGGUAGAAAAGAAUGAAAUUUGAAUACAACUUCCAUUAUUGAAGAGUUCA